GUGAGAAAGUAAUACAAAAGCGCAGUUAUGGAAGCCACUCAGUCUCCGAUCACUCAUACACUUGCAACAACGGUAAGGACCCCGAGAUGCAAUCGAGGAUCCAUCGAGGCUCACGUACACAACCUAGGUGCAACGCCCUCUCUAGAACGUGUUCCUCCAUCAUCAGAGGCAAAUUGUGACUGCACCUGCUUCAACGGUAUUCGCUUCAACCAGCCCUUUUCCCUUGGUUCUUCCAACGACCGCAUGUGCGACGGCUGCCAGGCCGAGAAAGAAGAAUGUCUGCUGGGUGAGCAGCAACUUGCAUUUGACUUCAACCAAAUCAAAACAUCCUACAUGCUGAAAGAAUAA